AGUAGGAUCGAAUCAUCGAACACUAACCAAAUUCCAGGCAAGGGAAGCAAGCGAGAUUACCAGAGCCAAUCAAGGAUCAGGAGACAGAGAAACGUGCACACAAUUAAUAGCAAAUCUAUCCCCGGCCGACGUUGGUACAGUGAAAGGCAGCACAAGAAUGCAAGAUCAGACGACGAGCCCGCUGCCCUCCAGCAGCGAGCGCUCGUCGAGCUCAGCGCCCCAAACAGAGGCCAGAGAAGGGAUGGAGAGCGACGAGGAGAUGAGCAGGGUGCCGGAGUUCGGGCUGGAGCAGGCCGGCCCGUCGACGUCAGGCAGGGAGACCGCGGGGGGCGCCGCGGCCGCCGGCACGUCAUCGGACCGCGCCCAGUCGUCGGCGGCAACUCAGGCCGACAGCGCGCGCCGCCACGGCCGCAGCCCCGCCGACAAGGAGCACCGGCGCCUCAAAAGGUUACUGCGGAACCGGGUGUCGGCACAGCAGGCACGUGAGAGGAAGAAGGCGUAUCUGGGUGAGCUGGAGGUGAGGGUGAAGGAACUGGAGCAGAGGAACUCGGAGCUGGAGGAGAGGCUCUCCACGCUGCAGAACGAGAACCAAAUGCUUAGACAGGUACUGAAGAACACCACUGUAAACAAAAGAGGGCCAGGUGGUAGCAGUGCCGGCGGAGACUGACCUUCGGAAACUGCUACAUUUGGAAGAAAACACAGAAAUAACUGAAUUUGCUGCUCGCCUACUCUCAUGAUUAAUUAAGUUUGUUAUUAAGAUGAAGUUCUUAGAUCUAGACCGGGAAGGUGCUGCAUAUGCAUGUCUUCAAUCCGAUUUGGAACUUUUGUACUUGUACGAUGUGAAUUUCAGCUGAAACAUUUUAAUUGUUCGA